AUGAGGGAGGCGUGGUUUCGCUGCCCAGGCGCUUCCGCCUUACUUCCGUGGAAAGAGGGAAAGUAAAACAUUUCACAGAGUGUGUUUACACCGACCAAAGUGGAUUAUUCCCCUCAUGUUUGGUUCUGAGCUGUAGACUAAGUGUCUAAAACCCAGUUAGAGCCGAAACAAGAGUUUGGAGUCAUGGCGGACGACCGAGGGGACGAGGAACUAGAAGACGAGGUGGAACCGCAAGGCGCUGAGGGUGGAGGAGAUGUCUUUGACGACCCCAUCUUGGAGCAGGGCGUGGUGGUGCUCAGAGGGUAUGUGAUAGAGCGUAUAAGCACGGAGGAUCCUGGUCGUCAUGUCAACUCUGUGGAUCUGGGAGGAAGGCCACAUGAACAAGAUGAUCCAGAAGUAAAAGAAGUGGUGGAUCAGCUGCUAAAAAUAGCAGACGAACUGAACAGAAAUGUGGAGUUCCAGCGACUGAUCAACCAAGUUCAGGGAAACUGUGCGAAAGAAGUCUUCAUGAUGGUGGCCAGGAGCAUCUUUAUUGAUGGCAUUAACUGGGGCAGAGUGGUGGCGCUCUUCCAUCUGGCUUACAGACUCAUUUACAGGGCCCUCACCACCAAUCAUCUGGAGAACAUCAGGAUGGUGAUCAGCUGGGUCCUACAGGUCAUCAGGGAGCUGCUGUACCCCUGGCUGGUGCAACAGGGGGGAUGGGUUGGUGUCAUUCAAAGCUUUCCAUGGAGGAACGCAGUCAUUGUUGCUUCAAUUGUUGUCGUAGCAACAUUUGUUUACUACAGAAUGAAACACUGAGACCUCCAGCUCUGCAGGACGCUGAUGAGGACACUUCCCGGGGCUUUUACAAUCAUUCUUAUCCAGCAGCCAAUAGGAGGCCAGCUGCUUUAAACUGAGAACAAUCCUCUCCUUCAGGUCUCUCCAACUAAAACGAACUUUCAUUGUCAGCAUCACUCUCUUCUGUUUUCCUUCACCAGCAACUCUUUGGAGCUACACCAGCAGAUCAAACAGCUGCCAUACUGGAAGCUCAACCUGUCAGAUGUGAUGUUAGUUAUCACUGAAUGGACUGGGCUCUGAGUCAGAUAACGGUUGGUUCUUAGAAGACUCAAAGCAACCUGUAAGUGGCAGGAAAGUGCCUUAAAGUGAUGCUAGCUCUGACUGUGAGUGGUAGGCAUGACGCAUCCUCCUACAGCCAGAAGGUCUCUUAUCGGUGCAGCAGGGCGCUUUACCUGCUGCUCAGUUCGUUCUGUCAGGAGCUGGAAGAAACACCAAAGAUUAGUGCUGAAAAUCUCGGGGAUCUUUCUUAAUUAUCUAUUUUUUAAUGAAGAUGUUUUAUUCAUGAACAGAAGGCUUGGACGUGAGCCAAAGCGGUCCCAGGUCCUCUGCAGAUUCAUCCUCUGCUGACACUCCAGACAUAUUUUCUGUUGUAGACACGAUCCUAAACGUCUAAUGCAGGAGUUGAUCUGAGAGUUGAAGGGCAAACACAUCCAGAUCGUUUCACUAUGGAGUCCAGUGGAAGGACAGGAUCUGAGCUCAUGUGAUGAUUUUAGUUAUAACUGCAGCCUGCAGCAGAAAUAAUGUUCAGUGAUCGGACGAUUCCUGCUAACUUCCUCACUGGAACCUUAACCUGCCUCAUUACCACACAGCGCUUUGAAAACGCCAGGCUUUAUGGCAGGAGGACGCUAAAGGGCUAAAGCAAGCACGUUACAUAAACGUGCACAAUGUCAACUUUAUUGAACCACCUUUUGACUCUUAACGCUGUAGGCUGGGCCAUAUGGAUUUUAAGUUUUGUCACAAUAUUUAAUCGUGCUAUUGUGAGAAUGAUAAAAGUUGUGAUAAAACUUGAUUAUUAUUAUAUCUUUCUUAGGUAACUGUAUCAGCGGUCACAGCCCCACAAGCACAAAUAUUCUGUCCUAUUACAUUUAUAAUGGGACACUAGUCAUAGAAUCAAUCAAUCAAUUUAUUUAUUUAUAAAGCACCCUUAGUACUAAAAGCAGCUCAAUGGGCUGCAUAAAUAAAAAUAAACCUACAACAUAAAAAAUUCCCAUUACCCUCCCCCACAAGUAAACACAACUGUCAGGAAAAUGUAUAAAGAUUAAUAAAGAAGCAUGAUUUGUGUCACUAGACUGGACUCAGUAACUGGAUUUAAUCAUUUAAAUUUUUUUAUUUAUAUUUAUUUAAAAAACAGUGGAGAAAUUAGUAAAACAUUUGGAGGCUUUAAACAUUAAAUGGAAUUUGUCAUGAUAAUAAAUCAAAAUUUUUGAUUUUUACAAAAAUGAAAAGUUGGUUCAACAAAGUCUUGCACAAGAAAUGUCACAUGAAGUGAUAAACAGGUAUUAUCAAAUACUGUAAGGAAGUGUUAUUUGAUGCUUUUUUUGUACCUGGAUUUCCAUCCUAUCACUGUGAACUGUUUAGAUAACACACCAGUGUGAGGGACUGGUGUCCCAACUUUGUGCCAAAAUCAUCAAGUGUUCAUCUUUAAAAAAAAACCUAAAACAACCAAAAUGAAAGAAGUGCAGCAUACAAAUUGUUUUGGAUUCAGUUGGAAAAAAAGAUCUUGCUGUAUUGCAGUUAAUUGAUUUAAUAAAAUUGGGUUGACCAGA